GAAGUAGGAAGACGGCCGCUGUCAGGUGGAGGGAGGUGGCGCCGCGCUGUGAGUGGUGGCGUGUAGGAGGAUGAAUGGAUGACAUUCGCCUGGUUCCUCACUUUAUCAGGUGUUUUCGGCUGAACCGGUUCUGCCUCAUUCGGGAGGGUUUGGGUAAAAGAGCACCGACAUGAGCAGAGCUGAAGCUGAAGCGGAGGCGCGUUUCCUGCUCUGUUUUUAAGCUGCGCUGUGGCUGGACUCGGCGUGGAGUGAGAUGAGGGGGCGGUAUGGCAAACUUCUACCACUGACCCUCACUCUCUGCGGGUGCGUGUUCGUACUGACCUCCUGGCGCGCGGCUCAGCACGAAACGAGGGAAGGAGACCUCCGAAAGGUCUAUGAGAGGCUGGUGAAAGCAGAGCAACGUGGAGAGGCCCUCUCAGUCAAACUGCUUCAAGUGCUGGAGGACCUGCAGAACUGGACCAUUGCUAGUAAUAAUAUCUCCUCCAGCAACUCCUCAGUUAAAUGGCCAGAAACGAGUGCCAUUUUGCGCUUUUUGCCUGUAGAGCCCAAUGCACUCCUGUACCUGCCUCACCUGAGAGAGCACCAAGAAAGCCUGAAGCCCAUUGUUCACCUGGGCCAGAGACGCACCGGAGUGUCUCUAGUGCUUGGCGUACCCACAGUGCGCAGACAGAAGCAGAGUUACCUGGUGAACACAGUGAGCUCUCUCAUCUUUGACCUCACACCAGCGCAGAAGAAUGACAUCGUCAUCGUCAUCUUUGUUGCCGAGACUGACGGCGCGUUUGUGAGCAGCGUGACAGAGAGCAUUCAAAAGAGUUUUCCUGAUGAUGUGAAGUCGGGCCUGAUUGAAGUCAUCUCCCCCUCCACCCACUACUAUCCAGACUUCACCAACCUGAAGGAAACCUUCGGUGACUCGAAAGAGAGAGUCAGGUGGAGGACCAAGCAAAAUCUGGACUACAGUUUCCUUAUGCUGUACGCUCAACAUAAGGGUACAUAUUACAUUCAGCUGGAGGACGAUAUUGUAGCAAAGUCAGGAUACUCUGACACUAUAAAGGGCUACGUCCAACAGGUGGUCACAGAGCAGUGGCUCUACCUGGAGUUUUCACAACUGGGAUUUAUUGGUAAGCUUUUCCGAGCUUCGGAUUUGCCCAGGAUUGUGGAGUUUGUUCUGAUGUUCCACAAAGACAAGCCCAUUGACUGGCUGCUGGAUCACAUCCUCUGGGUCAAAGUGUGUAACCCAGAGAAGGAUGCUAAACACUGCAGUAACGAAAAGGCCAAACUAAAGCGCACCUUCAAACCCUCGCAGUUUCAGCACGUGGGUCUACACUCCUCCCUGCCUGGAAAAAUACAGAACCUCAAAGACAAAGACUUUGGGAAGCAAAUUCUGUUCAAGGCCCACAACAACCCUGUUGCUGUUUUGAGCACCAGUCUGAAGGACUAUCAAGGUCACUCCCUGGACAAGGCUUACCGGGGAGAAGACUUCUUCUGGGGUCUUACUCCUGUCAAAGGAGAUCAUGUCCUCAUCACCUUCUCCCAGCCUCAGACCAUCAAAGGGUACUUCUUUCGAAGUGGAAAUAUUGAGACGAAUGGAGAUAAGUUUUACAACACCACCGUGGAGGUGCUGCCUAAUGACGCCUCUGUGAGAGAGCAGGUGGAAAAAGGACAGCUCUCCUGCUGUAGGCCUUCCUCAGAUGACUUUGCGGUGAUAGGCUCCUUCGUGAACGGAAUAGCUGAGGGAGAGGUUGAUGGAGCGCUGCGUGAAAUAGCCGCCAUACGACUUGUAGUUCAGUCUGACUCGGACGUCUGGGUGCUUUUGAGCGAGAUCUUCAUUAAGGUUUGAUGAGCAGUGAAGAGGGGAGAAAGCAGAGAGCAGGAUCAACUCUCAGCCCAACAGCACAUCCUGCUGGUCAGGAGGCUUCCACUAGCAACACUCCAGGGACAAGCAGCAUUCACUUUGCAUCUCUCAGUGGACAUGUUCCCAAAUGAAAUGAGAUCUUUGUCUCUUUUCAGUGGUUUUUGCAUAGACACAUAGGAUGACUAAAUGGCAUUUAUAGGUAUGUGCUUUGCCAACUGCACAGUUUUAUUUGAACAACAACUGAAUGGAAAGUUCUUGAAUUGAGUACAGCAACUGUAAUAAAAUAAACAUUUAGACAGUGCUAUA